CUACCGGCUUAGGUGAUCCACCACUUCAAGCUCCCAGCUUCCGCAGCAAUGUCCAACUCGGAGUCUUUCUCAAACGCCCUCUUCUGCGACAACAUCGGCGAAACAUUCUCAGACGUGCGAUGUUGCUACAUCAACGAUCAGACGACGCCCACAUGCCGGCGGAACUUCAACGCUAGCGGACCCACCUUCACAUUUGGAUGCAAUAACGGUGAUUGCAUUUCGGAAUGUCAAAAACCGACAAUCUUGUACAGUUCAGAAAUUCAGGACGAGCCAUCUACUGGCAACGGCCAGGCGCCCAUCCAACGCUUUCGCACAUGUGUGAACGUGCCCGCGAUAUCUGGCUUCGCUACGCAGGGCUCUCUGAGCGAGGACACCACUGCUGCCGUAGGACGGCAUAUUCCAUCAGAUUCCCCUGAUGCUGCCUUGGCGAAUGUGACGAAUGUGGUGACAGAGUGUCUGACGCAGACAUGCAAAGCAUCAAGAAACCCAAGUGCAUGCUCCGGACCGUGUUCGGCAGUGAAUAUGUUAGUCAGCUGGACAAGACCAAAUAUUGGUGGCGUAAACGGGUGCUUGAACAAGCUUUGUACUGGUGGCUAUGAAUCUCUCCCAUAUGCGGAUGCGGAUGUGAUUGGGAUUGGGGUUUUUUCGUCCUAUAUUCUGCAAUGUUUAUUGCUUAUGCUACUCUGGCUCGGCCUCUACUGCUUCUCGCGCUCCAACCGGAAGCACUCGUCCACGCUCCUAUCCAACCCGCACGAAAGGCCUUCUGAAACUGUCCAAGGAGUCAAAUCAUCGGGAGACGCCCCACUGGAAUCAGCAGGCGAGACAAUUACUCACCAGUCAAUCCUCGAGACCUGCCUGCUCCAGUUUCACAUCUCCCAAUGCUACUUCAGCGCUACGAUUCAGAUCGCUUCUCUGGCUUAUGGGAUCUUCUCUGAGGACAUGCUUUUAACCGUCCUGCUUAUUCCACUUUCUAUCAACGGGAUCCUUCCUAUCUUGUUCGGUAUGCUUCUCCUUAACCAACGGGGAAAAGCCUCGCUAGAUAUCACGCUGCUUAGCGUCGCUUGCUGGCUUCUGUCGUCCAUCGUGUAUUGA